UUCGUUUUCUAUGUUAUGCAAUCACUUCAGAUGAAAAAGAUAAAGUACAGCUAGCGUUGCAUCUUGUUAGCAUUGGGGCCAACCUGGCAAACUUUUCUAUUACAGUACUGAGCAAUUCCAUCGCUGAGAACAAUUCACACAAAGAAGUAGUCGUUGAGACCUGCACAAACCAAUAAAUAUUGUAUCCAGUUUAUCGAACGCUGCUGAUCAAAGGAAGUGUAGGAACGGUGGCAUUGGUGAUGUGGAUAGUAAUGUACAGAGUUUGAUUGAUAAGAUUCAAGGCGGUUUAGAGUUGAAGGAUGUAAAAGCCUCUGAAAUAAUGGAUGUUUAUGAGCACAAGCUAGCAUCAUUGUCUAAACAAGAUGGUCCCGUUCAAGAUUUAUUAGAAGCUAAGGCAAUGGCAUUAGCCCAGGCAGAUAGAUUGAUAUCACAGAAUUUAUGUAAAAUUGCAAAUUUAGAGGCAGAGGCACGUAAGCUACGAUCGCUUCUCCAAGACGUUGAAAAACAGAACGAAGAAUACUGCGAUAAAGUUAACGACAUGCAACUUAAAAGCGACCGUUCAACAAAAGAGAUGGAACAACUUAUUAUGCAGAAUCAGCAUUUACAAGUGAUUGCUAAAGAAUAUGAACAGUUGACUGUACAACAUAAAGACCUAACACAAAGAUUUACCACAACAAAUCGUAAUUUAAAAACUAAAGAAGAGGACUAUGUCAAACUACAGGAAUUAUAUGACAUGUUACAGAGACACAAUGAAAAACUAGGAAGUCAGCACGAAGUGGCAACUGAAAGGUUAGCUAAACUAGAGGAAGAGCGGAAAAGUCUUACCAAGCUGCUAAAAGACAAAGAAAAGAAAUGCUGUGAGCAGAAAGAUCUUUUGAGCAAGCAGGAUAAAGAAGGAAAGAAAUUGAAACGCGAGUUGGAGAACGCUGAUGCCACAAUUGAACAGCUGAGAGAAGACUUGAAUCAGAAUGAAAAAGAAUUCAGAAAGCAGACUGCAGCAUUGGAGAAACAAAACAGGGAGAAAGAUGACAUGUUAUCAAAGAUGAAGAGUGAAAUGGAAAAACAGUCACAGAUAGCAAAAAUGAUUCAUAAUCUGACAAGUGGAAAACAGUAGUGCUAAAUCUGUAGUGGAUGUACUAUUUUGAUAUACAGUACAACAUGAUGACCACCAUAAUGUGAUAGUAUGGC